AUGAAGAACAACAGUGGUUCUAUGCCCGGGGUUGCAACUGGGUCAAAGUAUGUGCUGAGCCUGGGGAUCUCAUACUCUGGGAUUCAAGGACUAUGCAUUACAACGUCCGACCGAAAGGAGAGCGUGAUCGUGUCUGCACAUGUGAGUUUGGGGACGAUAGUGAGCGUUGCUGAUCUCCUAGAUGUCUGCAUGGCACCAUCAAAUUUGUUGUCAGCAGAGGAUCGUGCAAUCCGAAAAGAAAGUUUCGAACAGUUCAGAGGAACUACCCAUGUUCCUUUUGCGGCUAUAUACUCCCGACCUCAUGAACCCAAGAUUCGAGAAGGCGGGAAUCCGUGUCCAUACGAUAACGGGAAGCCUAAGAACCCGCCAAAACUCACCAAAAGACUUUUACAAUUGGUCGGGAAGGAAUCUUAUUGA